AUGUUUGUUUAUCGCAUAUAUCAAUCAGCAGGUCAACAUAACGGAUGUGAUAUAGUUUCGUUGAACUAUCAUGUCGAUGGUGCAUUCGCUACAAUAUUUACUGAUAGUUGUCAUUUUAUCUAUUUACUUUUGUUUAGUUAUCCUUGGCGUGUCAGACAUAUGGAAUUUCCAUCAAACAAAUCAUGGAAACAACGAUUGGAUGUGCAACACGUUCAG